GUGUAUGCCAUGUCGAGAAUAGGUUUAUUCCUACUUUAUGGAUGCUUAUUUUUAAAGAAUUCAUCUGCGUUAACUUGCUUCAAUUGUCCAGGAAUUAGACACCCGAGGUUUUGCGAAUAUGUAAAAGACUGUUUAGACGGACAGGUUUGUGGACUUGAACGUCAAGCGGAAAGCAAUGGAGCAGUGAUUUUCAGCCUUGGAUGUUUAUCUCAAAACACCUGCAACACCAACCCUUCAACAGUUGAUGGUAGACAGAAAUGUUUUCACUGUUGCUCUACAGACUUAUGCAAUAUCGACGGAUGUGGAGAACCUGGUUUAAGCAUGGUCAACGACAAAGUGUGUUACAGUUGUCUUGGUUUACUUGAUCCGAAUGCUUGCCGGUCGGUUUCCUUUUGUGCAGAAUCCGAGCUGUGUUACCUUGAAGAAAAAACACACUUUGGUGAAAAGUUCUACCAAAGUGGAUGCAGGGAAAAGCACAUUUGUGAAUCUCAGUUGAUAUCGUUUCCAAUAAUUGGGCGACGUGACCUUGUACUUAAGAGGUCAACUACACACAUGACAUGCUGCGGUCAGAGUUUGUGUAACAAUGACGGUUUUGGUUUUAAAAAGACAACGACUUUAUUAAGCAAGUUAUCAACCUCCGAUGGCAUAACCACAUUAGAUACAACGACUUAUUCACCAGACAAAUUAGUUGACGAAGAAAUUUUAGGUGAAGAGGCUCUUGAUCUUAAGGUUGAAAAUGUUGACGCCUUUAAGUUAAAACAGCUUGAAUUAGAACAUGAACUUAAAUUAAAAGAAAUGGAAAUGAAGGAGAUGGAGAAAAGAAAAGAAGAUGAAUUUAAAUUAAAACAGGCAGAACUGGAAAUGAGGAAAGGCUAG